AUGAAGGAGGAGCUGGGGUCAGGAAAUGGAAUCAUGAUGUUGAACUAUCCUGCAGCAAGUGAGCGUCUGUCGUAUUUUUCUUUUUCUCCCACAGGUAUCAAGCACGAUGGAACUAUGUGUGAUACUUGUCGGCAGCAACCCAUCAUUGGCAUCCGAUGGAAAUGUGCUGAAUGCACUAACUAUGACUUGUGCACAGUUUGCUAUCACGGGGACAAACAUCACUUGAGACACCGCUUUUACAGGAUUACCACACCAGGAAGUGAAAGGGUAUUGUUGGAGUCUCGCCGUAAAUCAAAGAAAAUUACAGCAAGAGGAAUCUUUGCAGGUGCCAGGGUGGUGCGAGGAGUUGACUGGCAAUGGGAAGAUCAAGAUGGUGGCAAUGGGCGUAGAGGAAAGGUAACUGAAAUCCAAGAUUGGAGUGCAUCGAGUCCACAUAGUGCAGCAUAUGUUCUUUGGGACAAUGGUGCUAAAAACCUAUACAGAGUUGGCUUUGAGGGCAUGUCUGACCUGAAAUGUGUCCAAGAUGCAAAAGGUGGCUCUUUCUAUAGGGACCAUUGUCCUGUAUUAGGUGAGCAAAAUGGGAACAGAAAUCCCGGUGGACUGCAAAUAGGUGACCUUGUAAACAUUGACCUUGAUUUGGAAAUUGUACAGUCUUUGCAGCAUGGUCAUGGAGGAUGGACCGAUGGCAUGUUUGAAACUUUAACAACAACUGGAACAGUUUGUGGCAUUGAUGAAGAUCAUGACAUUGUAGUACAAUAUCCAAGUGGCAACAGGUGGACGUUUAAUCCAGCUGUUCUCACAAAAGCCAAUGUUGUCCGAAGUGGAGAUGCUGCUCAAGGUGCAGAAGGAGGUACCUCUCAAUUUCAAGUGGGUGACCUUGUUCAAGUAUGUUAUGACCUAGAGCGAAUCAAGCUUCUUCAGAGAGGUCAUGGAGAGUGGGCUGAAGCAAUGCUUCCGACUUUAGGUAAAGUUGGUCGGGUCCAGCAGAUCUAUUCAGACAGUGACUUAAAGGUAGAGGUUUGUGGGACCUCUUGGACCUAUAAUCCAGCAGCUGUCUCAAAGGUGGCAUCAGCAGGAUCUGCUAUAAGUAAUGCAUCUGGUGAGAGAUUGUCCCAACUAUUGAAGAAACUAUUUGAGACCCAAGAAUCUGGAGAUCUCAAUGAGGAAUUGGUUAAGGCUGCUGCCAAUGGAGAUGUUGCUAAAGUGGAAGACCUUCUAAAAAGACCAGAUGUCGAUGUGAAUGGACAAUGUGCUGGACACACAGCUAUGCAAGCUGCUAGUCAGAAUGGCCACGUCGACAUUCUGAAGUUGCUUCUGAAACAGAAUGUGGAUGUAGAAGCAGAGGACAAAGAUGGAGACAGGGCUGUCCAUCAUGCAGCCUUUGGAGAUGAGGGUGCAGUGAUCGAAGUUCUACACCGAGGCAGUGCAGAUCUGAAUGCUCGCAACAAACGUAGGCAGACUCCACUUCAUAUUGCUGUCAACAAAGGUCAUCUGCAAGUUGUGAAGACUUUACUGGACUUUGGCUGCCAUCCUAGUCUCCAGGAUUCUGAAGGUGACACUCCACUUCAUGAUGCAAUAAGUAAAAAGCGUGAUGACAUCCUUGCUGUGUUGUUAGAAGCUGGAGCAGAUGUUACUAUCACCAACAACAAUGGGUUUAAUGCUCUUCACCAUGCUGCACUACGAGGAAACCCUAGUGCAAUGCGUGUAUUGUUGUCCAAGUUACCACGACCAUGGAUUGUUGACGAGAAAAAGGACGACGGCUACACUGCCUUGCAUCUGGCAGCUCUCAAUAAUCACGUGGAAGUGGCUGAACUUUUGGUGCAUCAGGGCAAUGCUAACCUGGAUAUCCAGAAUGUUAACCAGCAGACUGCUUUGCACCUUGCCGUUGAACGACAGCAUACGCAAAUUGUUAGGCUCUUAGUCCGUGCAGGUGCGAAGCUGGAUAUUCAGGAUAAAGAUGGGGAUACUCCCCUGCAUGAGGCCUUGAGACACCACACCCUGUCACAGCUCCGCCAGCUUCAAGACAUGCAAGAUGUGGGCAAGGUAGAUACUGCUUGGGAGCCAUCAAAGAACACAUUAAUAAUGGGACUUGGCACUCAAGGAGCAGAGAAGAAGAGCGCAGCAUCUAUUGCCUGCUUCCUGGCAGCUAACGGAGCUGACCUCAGCAUUCGUAAUAAGAAGGGUCAGUCUCCUCUUGAUCUCUGUCCUGAUCCUAGUCUCUGCAAAGCAUUGGCUAAAUGUCACAAAGAAAAAGUCAGUGGUCAGGUUGGUUCCCGAAGUCCAUCUAUGAUCAACAAUGAUUCUGAAACCUUAGAAGAAUGCAUGGUGUGUUCAGACAUGAAGAGAGAUACCCUGUUUGGCCCAUGUGGACAUAUUGCCACAUGUUCCCUGUGCUCACCACGAGUGAAAAAAUGCCUCAUCUGUAAAGAACAAGUUCAGUCUAGGACGAAGAUUGAAGAGUGUGUAGUAUGUUCAGAUAAAAAAGCAGCAGUACUUUUCCAGCCUUGUGGUCAUAUGUGUGCUUGUGAGAAUUGUGCAAGCUUGAUGAAGAAAUGUGUACAAUGUCGGGCAGUGGUUGAGCGAAGAGUGCCUUUCAUAAUGUGCUGUGGAGGGAAAGGUGCAGAAGAUACCACUGAUGAUAUUUCAAGUGGUAACAUUCCAGUUUUGCAGAAAGACAAAGACAACACCAAUGUCAAUGCGGAUGUACAGAAGCUGCAGCAACAGUUACAAGACAUCAAGGAACAGACCAUGUGCCCUGUUUGUUUGGAUCGUCUGAAGAACAUGAUCUUUCUCUGUGGCCACGGGACGUGUCAGCUUUGCGGAGACCGAAUGAGCGAAUGCCCUAUUUGCCGAAAGGCCAUUGAACGAAGGAUCCUUUUGUAUUAAGUAGUGGAACUAGUGUCUUCUACUAGCCUGUGAAAAAAAUAGUAAGGACAUUUUGAUGACUUUAAGUCUCCAUCAGUUUGAAAGGCAGCGAAGGGUUUUAAUGAAAACAUUUCUAAUACUGUAGCACAGGCUCAUUACACGGUAAUUGUUUGAAGACUGUAAACCCACCAAAUA